CGCAACGGAUAUUAACUGCCAAUCGCGACCUCUUCUUCUUCCUUUUAACACAACCUUCCAUAUUAAACUAUUUGAGUACCAGAGAACAGAAAUCCCCACUCACAAAUCGACCUCUCUCAAGCACCUACACACAGGUGCUUGAGAGUCCCAUUCGACAUCAUCUUCGCGCUACAGAGUCUCAUAGUACUCCGGACGCAUGGCAGAUACCAUUAACAUCGCGCCUGACGAUGACACAUAUGUCGUUGAUUCGGUAUUUGAUUACGAAUCAUUCAACAGAUUAUUCAAUGAAGAGGACCCUAAUCUCGCAAAUUUAACGUCAAUCAAUGAAGUUACUGCUCCAGUUCGUCCUUCUAAUGGUUUUGUCAGAGGGUCCGGAGAAGUUCCUCCUUCUACUGGCUAUGUUUCUUGGUCUGGCAAUGGCAUUGCUGAUGCUAACGCAAAUUUAAUUUCAAUCGGUGAAGCUACUGCUCCCGUUCCGUCUGCUGAUGGUUUUAUUUCUGGGUCGGGAGACAGCAUAGAUGACCCAAUGAUUUUGAACUUUGAUGAUGAGUUCAAUCAAGUUAAUUCUUUGCCGGGGCCAUCUACUAUUCCAGUACAAAACAGAAAUGGGGGACCAGGGGUGCCAUCUAUUAUUCUGGUACAAAACAGAAAUGAAGGAGCAGGGGAUUCGGAUAACACAGGUUAUGGUUGGCCGUCACUUCCUCUUCCAUUUUGGCCACCACUACCAGAGCCAUUUCGUUGCAGUUGUUGUCAAGUGCUUAGGGAAUUAGUUCAUACAGAUGGCACCGUUACUACUAAACUUGAGAUUCAUGGAAGGCUGGGUAUGAUCCAUCAUGCAAUUCUUGAGAUUCGAAACAAAAUCAAUGCGACUUUACAUACUCCUGAUUGUCACAUGUUUGAUUUUUGCACGAGAAGCAUAAAGCAAGUGAAGCAAUUUCUGGUGAAGUACUGUCAUCAGAGAAAGGUAUCGGGCUUUGUUAAGGUGCAAGAUCCAUUCUCAGGCUUCUAUGAAGCCAUCUGCGUGGGAAUGGACAUAGAGAAUAGUAUAAAUGUUAAUGCUGAGGUUGAUGACUUCCUUAACCUAUCUCCGACGACAAGCUCAGGAGAUGGUCAGACAGAAAUUUUGGAAGCGGAUAAUAGGACAACAAAUGUGCCGAAGACCACUCUCGCAGCACAGGUUCAUGUGCUCUCGCUGCUCAUACUAUUGAAUAUUCCGUCGGUCUUUUGUUAGAUUUUACAUUCUGAUUUUUCAACUUAGUUCUUUAUAUUUGCUUAUAAGUAGCACCACAGAGGCAGAGAGCGGCAAAGUUGAGACUCAGAGAUCUUACAGAGGAAGAGAAGGCGUGAACAGAUGGCCACAUAGAAAGGUUCCCCCCACCUAUAUAAUUUUAUUUUCUGUUCUAUUUCUUCUUUUGUCAUUUCAUCAAAGAAGCUUUAGCUCUUAUUUAUCAUUAUUAUUUUAUCUUGGUUAUGUAGAUCAAAAGCAUUGAGAAUAGAAUAAAAAACUUUUCGUGCAAUGUUAAGUUCAAUUGUGCGGAAAAGAGUACACAGGCUCAAGCAGAGAUUCUGAGACUUGAACAAGAAUUGGCCACAAUUAUGGCUAGAGCCAACAGAUGAGGACAUUGUGUAUAGAAAUUAUAAGCAAGUUUAAUUGAAAAGAGUUUUUUUUAGUA